UAAUAGGAGCAACUUGCGCAAGCACCCGGCGUCGCUCGGCCUCGCGCUCGCCUCAUAUAUAUAAACGUUGACACAAGAACACCACAUCAGUCAACUGUUUUCUCUCAAAUACAUCACAAACGAACUACCAUUACAAUGAAAACUUUCGCUUGCGUUGUACUGCUCGUGGCCGCAGCUGCUGCCGCACCCGAAGGCAAACGCGACAAACGCGGAUUCCUGCACGGCGGCUUCGAUGGCGGCUACGAGCUCGGGCACGGCUCCCUCGGCUAUGACUCCUUCGGCCACAGCUCGCUGGACUUGGGUCACCACCACGGCCAUAUCGAAUCGAUUUAUGCCGCGCCCGCAGCCAGAAUUGUCUCUGUCAACAAACUUGUCGAAGUUCCCAGGGUUGUGGAAGUUAAAAAGAUAGUAUCUGUGCCGAAAGUUGUAUCAGUACCGCACAUCGUGAAGGUUUCCAAAAUCGUAGAGGAGCCACACUUCGGUCACGGGAUAUCCUCCGGCUGGUGGUGAACAGGCCUCAGUACUGAAUAGACUUAAUCCAUCGCUCAAAGAUUGCCGCUGUAUGUUCAAAUCCAAAACAUGACUGAACUAAAUAUGCAAAUAUAAUU